AUGCUCAAAAGUAAACCAAACUCCUCACUACCUCUCCAAGUUCUCAUAUUUUUAGAUGAAUAUUAUACCUGGUUCUGGUUUUUGAUUUCUUUAUCUAUGUUUGUUAUCAAAGGAUAUUCACUUGAAUACCCUAAAUAUACAGUUGGAGGCGAAGUGGCCGGGAUUUUCUUAGUCACUGCUGUGCAACAAUAUAGACUAUUUCUAGGUAACUAAGAGUCAGGAUCUGUUGGAAACAAAACUGAAGGUGUUAUUUAUCUUGUUUGGUUUAUUAUAUUCAGCAUUCCACCAAUUAUUGGAGCGAUUUACUAUAUAGUUAUUCAAACUUAUGUGUAAAUUUUAUUCAGACUUAUUUUAGAUGUGAUAAUUAAUGCGGCAUUUUUGGUAUUGGUAGGAUUAGAGUGUCUUAUGAGCAUCAUGACAAUAAUAAAUUUCAAAAGUGCAGAGAAAUAUAGCUAA